AGAGCUGUGGCGGCGGCUGCGCCCGGCUGUGUGUCUCUAACCGCCGGAGGAAGAUGAGGCUGAAGAUUGGAUUCAUCUUACGCAGUUUGCUGGUGGUGGGGAGCUUCCUGGGACUAGUGGUCCUCUGGUCUUCCCUGUCCCCGCGGCUGGACGACCCGAGCCCGCAGAGCAGGAUGAGGGAAGACAGAGAUGUCAAUAACCCCAUGCCUAACCGAGGAGGCAAUGGAUUAGUUCCUGGGGAUGACAGAUUCAAACCUGUGGUACCCUGGCCUCAUGUUGAAGGAGUAGAAGUGGACUUAGAGUCUAUUAGAAGAAAAAACAAGGCCAAAAAUGAACAAGAGCGCCAUGUUGGAGGAGAGAACCAGAAAGACAUAAUGCAGAGGCAGUAUCUCACUUUUAAGCCUCAGACUUUCACCUACCGUGAUCCUGUGCUACGCCCAGGGAUCCUCGGUAACUUUGAACCCAAAGAACCUGAGCCUCCUGGAGUGGUUGGUGGCCCUGGAGAGAGAGCCAAGCCAUUGGUUUUGGGACCAGAACUCAAACAUGCAGUUCAAGCCAGCAUUAAAGAGUUUGGAUUUAACAUGGUGGCAAGUGACAUGAUCUCACUGGACCGCAGCGUCAAUGACUUACGACAAGAAGAAUGUAAGUAUUGGCACUAUGAUGAAAACCUGCUCACCUCCAGCGUUGUCAUUGUCUUCCAUAAUGAAGGAUGGUCGACUCUCAUGAGAACAGUCCACAGUGUGAUUAAAAGGACUCCAAGGAAAUAUUUAGCAGAAAUUGUGUUAAUUGAUGAUUUCAGCAAUAAAGAACACUUAAAAGAAAAACUAGAUGACUAUAUUAAGCUGUGGAAUGGCCUAGUGAAGGUAUUUCGAAAUGAGAGGAGAGAAGGUUUAAUUCAAGCACGAAGUAUUGGUGCCCAAAAGGCUAAACUUGGACAGGUUUUGAUAUACCUUGAUGCCCACUGUGAGGUGGCAGUUAACUGGUAUGCACCACUUGUAGCUCCCAUUUCUAAGGACAGAACCAUUUGCACUGUGCCGAUUAUAGAUGUCAUAAAUGGCAACACAUAUGAAAUUGUACCCCAAGGGGGUGGUGACGAAGAUGGGUAUGCUCGAGGAGCAUGGGAUUGGAGUAUGCUCUGGAAACGGGUGCCUCUGACCCCUCAAGAGAAGAGAAUGAGAAAGACAAAAACUGAACCAUAUCGGUCCCCAGCCAUGGCUGGUGGAUUAUUUGCCAUUGAACGAGAGUUCUUCUUUGAACUGGGUCUGUAUGAUCCAGGACUCCAGAUUUGGGGUGGUGAAAACUUUGAGAUCUCAUACAAGAUAUGGCAGUGUGGUGGCAAAUUACUAUUUGUCCCCUGUUCUCGUGUGGGACAUAUCUACCGGCUUGAGGGCUGGCAAGGGAAUCCUCCACCCAUUUAUGUUGGGUCUUCUCCAACUCUGAAGAAUUAUGUUAGAGUUGUAGAGGUUUGGUGGGAUGAGUAUAAAGACUACUUCUAUGCUAGUCGUCCUGAAUCAAAGGCAUUAGCAUAUGGGGAUAUUUCUGAGCUGAAAAAAUUUCGAGAAGAUCACAACUGCAAGAGUUUCAAGUGGUUCAUGGAAGAAAUCGCUUAUGACAUCACCUCACACUACCCUCUGCCACCCAAAAAUGUUGACUGGGGAGAAAUCAGAGGCUUUGAAACUGUGUACUGCAUCGAUAGCAUGGGAAGGACAAACGGAGGCUUUGUGGAACUAGGGCCCUGCCACCGGAUGGGAGGGAAUCAGCUUUUCCGAAUCAACGAAGCUAAUCAACUCAUGCAGUAUGACCAGUGUUUGACAAAGGGGCCUGAUGGAUCAAAAAUUAUGAUUACACACUGCAAUCUAAAUGAAUUUAAGGAAUGGCAGUACUUCAAGAGCCUGCACAGAUUUACUUAUAUUCCUUCAGGAAAGUGCUUAGACCGCUCCGAUGUCCUACAUCAAGUGUUCCUCUCCAAUUGUGACUCCAGUAAAAUGACUCAAAAGUGGGAAAUGAAUAACAUCCAUAGUGUUUAGAAAGAGUUAAAGAAACCAGAAACCUACCUACUGACACGUAAAUUAUCACAGGACUGAAAACCGCCUGAAACCUGCUGCAAUGAUUAUUAACUCUGUACAGCUCCAAACCCGGAACCUCCUGAUCAGUUCGAAGAACAUUGAUAAACUGUGAUUUUACAAUAACAU